AUGGCGGCAAUGCGAGGACCGCGCAUUCCAACUGGCUCAGCGGCUUGGGUCGCUGAUGAGCGCGCCUCUGCCCUUCAGAUUGUCGAUGUCGAGGUUGAUGAGUUCACAUACGCGGCUCAAAACGAGUUCGAAUGGCUCAACGAACAUAUGGCUAAUAUCUUUAAUGAGAACGAGACAAACCUCGCCGAAACAUUCAAAACACCCGGAAAGCUUCGAGGAAAGACACCUCGCACUGCGCGUAAACUAUUAACAGAACCAAGAGUGCCAUUGUCGAACGUCUUUGGUGGCACGCCAACAAGUUCAGCAAACCGUUUCGCCCAGCAUCUCUACGCCCAAUCGCCCCAGAGGGAGCUAUUGAACCAGGCCAAGCCUUCGUCUCCUCGCCGUGCCAUCGCAUCACCGAAGCCUGCCCAGUCUGCCCCCGAGGUGCCAAUUGAAGAUGUAUCACAACACCCUACCAGCGAGGCUGAACCUAUCCACUCUGACCAGGACGCCCUCAUGACUGUUGAUGAAGAGACAGUUGCCAUCACAGACGCCAAAUCUCAACCACAGGAUUCAGGUUAUUUCGGAAGUCAAGAUGUCAACCCUGCGCCCUACGAUCCUAUGGAUGACGAUGAAGAGUCACUUCUGGAUGCCACUGAUGUUGACGAAGACCUCGAAUCCCCCCAGCCAAGUCCUACACGUGUGUCACCUGCGAAGCAGCUCACGAAGACUUCUUCUCCAGUCAAGGACCAGGAGCCAGCGACUGAUGAUGCUGAGAUGGAGGAAGCUGAGGAAGAGCCUGAGGCGGCGGACAACGAGGUUGCCGAUGAUGCUCAGUCUCAAUCUGAUGGCCCCAGUCCCGUCCCCAGUCCUGUGCGCCCAGGCUUCCGUAAUAGUCUCCAAUUUGCUUCUCUCCCUGCCCGAGAGCCUCUUACAGCAGGCAAGGCCAGAGCCUCCCGUACAAGUCAUGUGGAUCCUAAGAGGACGAGCUACUUGGGGAGAGGCAAGAGCAUGGCAAGCCACGCGGGACAGGAUACAUCAGACGAGUCUGACCAAGACGAUAUGGAAGUCGAUGAGCUUCCCGUACAACAAUCUAAGAACGCCGAAGAGCUUGCUCUGCACCAUAACAAGACAUAUACACAGAUGCUCCAAGACAAGAUCAGUGUCCUUGGAAAGUCGCAACCAAACGGCAGCCGACCAUCAAAGUCUAUCCAUAGUGUAACGAACGUUCAGCAGCAAACCGUAACUCAAUCUGUUUCUGAACCAAAGUCGCCUUCUCCCAAAUCACCCAAGAAGCACGAAACAACGACGACAACUCCAGGAGCUUUCCCUCAAGACGAUGACGACGAUGAUGACUGGAUUGUCCCUCCACCCACCCAGCAGGCUGCUGUUCCCACACGACCAUCACUUUCCAAGAGCCGAACUGCCGACGUCAUGGAAGGAAUUCAUGGCAAGCAGACUCUCGGAUCUUUCGAUCUGGAUGAGGACCGUGCUAGCAUUCGUUCACCUGCUCGUUCCAAUUCUCAACGCGAGAGGCCUAGCUAUAUGGGACAUUCCAAGUCUGUUUCAGUACCAGCUGCCACAUUGUUCGCUGCUACUGAACGAUCGGAGGGAAGUCCCCUCAAGAAGACAGUAUCCGGCUCAGAUUCUCCUGCCAGACCAGCUACUGCUGUCUCAGUUGCCUCAAAUGUUGCUUCCUCUUCAUCACCUUCCAAGUCCCCUUCAAGACUCUUCCGUGACAGUCCUUUGAAGCACCUUAAGAACAAGAUGUCUUCAAUUCUUAGCACGUCUAAGGGUCUUAUGGCCAGUAGCGCGGCAUUGAGCGCUGAGAGCAAAUCGUCUCUGCUUUCUCCUUCUCGGGUGCAAAUCGGAACAUUCCCUAACGAUUCCGAGAUGUCGGUCGCACCCAAGCCAAGCAUGGACUCGUUUAGAAGUGGCAGUACUGCAACUGAUCAGCCUCGCCCGGUUGCUAAGCGCACAAGGGCUUCAGUUGAGCGAGAGAAGGAAGAGAAACGUCGAGAAAAGGAAGCCCGAGUCCAGGCCGAGCAGAUGGACAAGCUCGAGAAGGAGCGCGAGAAGGAAAGAGAAAAGGCACGAGUCUUCAGCAAGGAACAAGAGAAGCUUGCCAACAUGGAGAAGCAGGCCGCAGCUAGGAAAGAGCCUGAAGCACCCGUGCAGGCUACACCUCAGCCCACCCGAACAAGCCCCCGAAGGGCCAAGCCUCAAGAGGAACCUACUGAACCAGAGAUGGAGAUGGUUGACGCUCCUGCUUUGGUGCCACCUCCUUCUGUCUCGCGAUCUGCUGUCGGUAGCCAAUUAUCUCGCGCCAAGGAGAUCAGGAGAAUCGGAAAGCCAGGUAGAGAGACAUCUACAAAGUCGAAGCCAGCGCCCACCGUUCACAUCAAGGUCAACACCGGCUCACAAUUGUAUCCUAACACCAACGCUACCAAUGGCUACCAGGACUUUGGUGCGUCAACAAGCUCCCAGCCUCCACAAAUGCCUAGCAAGGCAAGCAAGGCCUCUAUGCAGCCAAAGUCCUCCGCCUCAGGAUUUGGUGCCUCAACAGGAUCAAAUGGCCGCCCUAGAGCUCUUGAUUUGGCGGCACAGAAGAAGGUUCAAGAUGACCAGGCACAACGCCGACGUGAGGCGAAGGCGAAGGCGGAGCGUGAUGCCAAGGCGAAGAGUGAACGAGAGCGAGCGGCGCUGAAGGAGGAAAAGAAGAAGCAAGAGCUCUUGCGUCGUCAAGAAGAAGAGCGAGAGAAGCGCGAGCAGGCUGAGGCUAAGAGGCGUCAAGCAGCUAUCGAGAAGGCUAAGAAGACUCCUGCUCCGCCUCCCGCUGUUCGAUCCCAGCCUAACGGCCCGCCCGACUCGGUUAAGCGUGGUGACGGCAUCCCCCGUCCUAUUUCUCGCAUGAAUUCGGGCAUUUUCAGAUCAGGUGAUGAUUUGGGUCGCCCUGUCAAUGCCAGCUUGGCCCAGGGUUCUAAGUCUGCAGUCAAGAGACCUCUCGGUCGAGAUCCCAAUGACGACGGGGUCUCUAGGCCACCGCCUGUCCGUGGUCCUCAGUACCAAUCAAAGGAUGCGAAGCGACGUCGAACAAGCGAUGAUUAUGCCGAUGAGCUGGAUAUGGAACAGCCUCCCAACAUCAAGGGCCCCCCUGUUCGCCCAUCCAGCGCUUUUAAGAAGGACCUGCAGGUGAAGAGCUUGACCAAUGGCUACACCCAAGCCAGUGCACAGAAUCUUUUCAAGACAAACCAUGCCCCAAGCCAUACCAAGGGAGGCAACCCUAUGGAUAUGGCGCAGAUUCACAAGGGAACCAUUCCCUUCGCUCCCAACCCCAACCCCGCAGGACCUGCCUACAAGACACCAGGACGCCCUGGUCCUGUCGGCGGACUCAAGUCUGCGGUUAAGUCUGCCCAGAGAUCAUCGCCGCGAUUCCAGAACGGUGAUGCGAUUGAUCUCCCGGAGAUUCAAACAGAUGAUGAAGAUGAGGAGGACGACGAACCACCUGCUGGAACAGUUGCCUCUUGGGCCAAUUCUCCUGCCAUUCGCGCGGCUCUUUUGGCACAGGAGAGAAUGAACCCUGCAGCAAUUUUCGGAGAACCAGGACCUAUCAACAUGGACGAAGUUUUCCAUGCCAGCAAAGAGCGGCUUCACAAGUUCCGCGCCCGAACCUCGAGCGCUAACUGGAGCGGUAACGAUCGUCUUACCGAGGAGGACAUCCGAAAGGAUCUCGCUGCCAGAGACAGACUCCGACGAGAGGGAGGCUGGUCUUACCAACUGGGCAGAGACAUGAUGUAA